AUGACGGAUCCAGCAUUCCCCGGCCUUCGGGGAUAUGACCCCGACAACCUGCAGCACUGGACGGUGGGCGUGGUGACGGCGAUGACAGUGCUGGCCACGCUGUCGGUGGUUCUGCGACUUGUCAGCCGGUACCUCAAGGGGCAGUCGUUAUGGUGGGACGAUUACGCGAUCAUAUUCUCCUUGUGCUGGAAUUACGUCGUCGUCGGCUUCAUAUUUGCCAUGUACGCCGAGGGAAUGGGAAUCCAUGCAGACAAGGUGUCGACGGACAAGAUCGUCAUGAUGGCCAAAUGGCUUCUGGUGGCAGAGAUUCUGUAUGCAUGGAACCUCUGCUGGACCAAGAUCUCGCUGCUGCUCAUGUACUACCGCAUCUUCCACAUCCGGUUCUUCAAGAACAUGGCCUUUUGCAUCGGCGGCUUCGUCCUUUGCUGGGGCGUCACCGUGACCUUUCUCUUCGUCUUCAUAUGCGUGCCGGUGGCGAAGCUCUGGUACCCCGACCUGCCGGGCCACUGCAUCGACCAGGUCGGCACCUGGAUCGCCAACGCGACCUCGACCAUCCUGACGGACCUGGCCAUCUUGGUCCUGCCGAUCCCGCAGAUCUGGAAGCUGCAGCUGCGGCGGGCCGAAAAACUGGCACUGACCGUCGCCUUUGGCCUCGGAUCCUUCGUCGUCGCCGCGUCAGCCUACCGCUUCUCCGUACUCUUCUCCUACAGCAACUCAGACCCGUCCUAUACGCUCGCGCCCACUGUCGGCUGGACGGCGAUUGAGAUGUCUGCCGGCAUCAUCUCGGCUUGCCUGCCGACGCUGCGGCCGACACUCGUGUUCGUGUCCAAGACCCUGGGCCUCAGACUGUUCUCGACCCGCAGCGGGCAGUCAACCAAUCAUUCCCGAGGCGCCAACCAGGACUCGCAGGGCCGGGUGAUCAAAACAAACAAUUCGGAGCUGCUCAGCGCAUCGACACAUGCGCAGAAGCAGAAGGCCAAGGAUGCCUUCUACCGGCUAGACGACGGGUCGAACGAGAGCCCGGUGGACGAGGGCCUGCGGCCGGCGCACGGGACCAAGUUCACAGUGGCGACAUGGCGGGAUAGCUCUGGCAGCGCGGACGAGAUCCCGCUGCAUUCAAUCCGCGUGCAAACAGACCUGAAGCAAACGGAACAUGAUGAUUAG